AUGCUCCUCGCGACGUUUAAGCUGUGUGCUGGGAGCUCCUAUAGACACGUGCGCAGCAUGAAGGGGCUGCGGCAGCAGGCUGUGCUGGCCAUCGGCCAGGAGCUGAACCGGAGGGCCCUAGGGGGCCCAGCCCCAGCUGCGUGGAUUAACCAGGUUCGGCGUCGCGGCUCUCUCCUAGGUUCUCAGCUGGAAGACUCUCUCUACAGCGACCAAGAGCUUGCCUAUAUCCAGCAGGGAGAGGAGGCCAUGCAGAGGGCCCUGGGCAUCCUCAAAGACCAGGAGGGCUGGAAGAAGGAGAGCCGGCAGGCCAAUGGGGACGAGGUGCUGAGUAAAGUGAUCCCUGAUGUGGGCAAGGUGUUCCGGUUGGAGGUGUUGGUGGACCAGCCCAUGGAGAGGCUUUAUGAAGAGCUUGUGGAGCGCAUGGAGGCCAUGGGCGAGUGGAACCCUAGUGUCAAGGAGAUCAAGGUCCUGCAGAAGAUUGGAAAAGACACGAUCAUCACUCACGAGUUGGCUGCAGAGGCGGCAGGAAACCUCGUGGGUCCCCGAGACUUCGUGAGCGUGCGCUGUACCAAGCGCCGGGGCUCCAUGUGCGUGCUGGCUGGCACGGCCACACUCUACGAGGAGAUGCCCCAGCAGAAGGGUGUCAUCAGAGCUGAGCAUGGCCCCACCUGCAUGGUGCUCCGCCCCCUGGCUGGAAGUCCCUCAAGGACCAAACUCACCUGGCUGCUCAGCAUUGACCUCAAGGGAUGGCUGCCGAAGACCAUCAUCAAUCAGGUCCUCUCGCAGACCCAAGUGGAUUUUGCCAAUCACCUGCGCAAGCGCCUGGAGUCCUGCCCGGCUCUUGAAGCCAGGUGUUGAAGGCCAG